AUGGCAGCCGUAUCGCCCGGUUCAUCAAGCCACGGAGCUUUCGCGGAAUUCAUUGCUUCUGAUCCUGAGCUGUCAGUAUUCAGGAGCUUCCAGGCUCUAAGUGCCCGGAACCUCCUUCACCUUCAGUUGAGAAUGCUUGAGAUCGAGGCUGAACUACAGAAAUCUGACGAGGAUGACGCCACAAACGUCAACGAUGCUAGCCGUCUCGCUACCAAGUGCUGGGAAGUGUUUGCGUUAAGAGCUCGAGAAAAGGGUUCAAGAGAGGCCAAGAAGAUGGAUCUUGUAAAUCGACUACAGGGAACCAUGAAAGAAUACCAUGAAGCUUUGGUUCUGCGAAGCCAAAUCAUGAAGUUUACUACCCCCAACGAUCGAGUCUUCCGCGUCUUCCAAGGCUGGUUCGACUCCGAACAACCCUUCCUCGGCCACGGCCACGAUCUACCAAGCAAGCGAGACGACUUCAUCGCCCUCGCCCCAUCAUCAGGCGCAGAUAUUCUCACCCGUAAUCUCGAAGAUCUCGCAGGGAAAUACCUAGCGGGAAAACGACACAAGGAAACCACAGAAGUAAAAUACUACUCCGCCCGCCACGUCACCCGCCUCGUCACAAUAAUCACCGUCCUCGCCGCUUCCCUCGUCAUCCAAGCCGCCAUCGUCACCCUCUACCUCGUCCACAACGAGGUCCUACGCCUCUGCAUGAUCGCCGUCUUCACCAGCGUCUUCGCGGCCAGCUUAGCCGUCAUGACGGACGGGCGGAGGACGGAUAUCAUCCUGGCGACGGCGGCCUGCGCGGCGGUGCUGGUGGCUUUUGUCGCGCAGGAUUGA